AAAGCAUAAAGUGGGGCAAUAUAUUGUUCGAAUAUAUGCAGAUAUUUGAAAGUGUUAAACUGUCAUGGAUAUGCACUUCUUCAGUCAACAAUCACAAAAUGAUUGGCAUGGACACGGUGAGGAACGAUGGCUGUAUACGCAGAUUCUUCUAUACUGUCAAUGAAAGCUGUUUAAAUCUGUUCCACCCUUUUUGAUAAAGAUAGGAUCGAGAAAAAAAGGUGAAACACUUUUGAGCAAAACCAUCAUCUUCAACCCGAGACAUUGAUUCAUACCCUAUCAACCUUUACCUGAUUGUGAUCGAUUCACAAGUGGUAUAUAAACAUCAUCAUCAUGGAGAAUUACAACCAGAAUGUUCUUGUCAAGCAAGAAAGACAACAAUCGCGUAUGCAAAUCAAAAAGAUGGCACCUAAAAUCCCAGCUUCGACAUUGACUCCAACACUCACAACAAAACAAAACAAUCUACAAAAACGUGAACCUUUAGGUGGAAUAUUACAACAAGGAGCAAAUCAAAUCUCAAGUGCUGCAAAUGCAUGGUAUACAGGUUUGACAAAUAUGGGAAAUAAUGGUGGAUCUUCAAACAGUGGUAACAGCGGUGGUAAUUCAGGAAAUUCAGGAGGCUCUUCAGGAGGCUCUUCUGGUGGCUCAAGCUCAGGAGGAGGCGGCUCUUCAUCCGGCAAUAGCGGUGGCAGUAGCAAUUCGGGAGGAAGUUCUUCUGGGGGUAGCAGCAACAACGGCGGGAGCAGCAAUUCUGGAUCGUCUUCCCACAACUCUGGAAAUAGCGGAUCCUCUUCUGGCAGUUCAUCAUCAGGAUCAGGAUCAAAUUCGAGCGGCAAUAGCGGCCAAUCAAAUAGCAAUAGCGGUAACAACAGUGGCUCUUCAGGCAACAGCAGCAGCAACAACAACAACAAGGAUAGCAACAACUCUGGCAGUAAUAGCAAUGAUUCCUCUUCAAACUCUAAUCAAAACAGUGAUACAGCACAAAAGAGCUCAACAAAUAAUGAUGCCAAUGGCUCAACACCUGCAACACCUGUGACAUUAGCUAACGGAGCUGUUGUGACACCUGUUGCGAUUGUUGAUCAAUCAAAUGGUGGAACAACGACUGGAUUGAUUGGUUCAAACACUGCUUCUCAGAGUAUCCUUGUUGUUUUGACAAACUCUGAAGGCCAGAAAAUUACUUCUACGUUGGCUUACGAUUCUUCCAUUGCUGCGAUUGCAGCUACUGCAACUGACUCUCCUCUCAAGAAUGAAACCAAUGUAGGAGCAAGCGGAGUGAAAAACUUGAACGGUAAUGCACAAAGUGGAAGUACAAAUGUCGGUGCGAUUGCAGGACCUGUGAUUGCGGUUCUCAUUUGCGCUGCCGGUGCUUUGGCCUUGUUCUUUUGCUUACGCCGUAGACGCAGAGCACGCAAUGGUACAGGAAGUUCAAUUUCAUCUUAUGGAAACACUACCCCGUCAAGGUCCCUCAGUCGUUUUAUUCCUACCUUCCGCUCUCCUCGCUUUGGUCCAAUCCGCUUACCUUCUUUGCCUUCAUUCAACUUGCACAAUGCCAGUCCACAGUCACCCGAGAUGGUACAACCAUUCAAUACGGUGAUGUCACGGCCACCAUCUGGUGGUCUUGCUUCACCAAUGGAAUUCGGCAGAAUGAAGAGGUACAACCGAUUCGCUAACCCAUUCAAUUCCGAACCUCAAGAAGCAAUUAGACCACAAUCUAGAAUGAGUUCAACGGGUCUGCAAAUUACAGGCAUCAACGGUAGUCCAAAGAACUCCGAUCGCUCGAUUAGCGUACCUGAGUCCGUAUACUUUUCACCUCAAGCCCAUCAUCCUCGUUUGAGUUCUAUCAAUGAUGCAAUCAAUUCCGGUGAAUUGGCGUAUGACGAUGAUGCUAGCAGUAUCGGACACGAUAGCUACAUCACUCAUGGAGUUGGAUCAGCAGGAAGUGAGACUGCAGAAAGAAGAAGUUAUGCUUCCACAAUGAUGUUCUCACGCGCAAUCGGUCAUUCAGAAAGUCAUAAGGCACUAUCUUCUUUGGUCAAUUUAGAGGAAAAUCCAUUCUCAUCACCAACGCAAAACAGUACAAAUGGCUUCGAAUUGAUUCAAACCGGUUCCGUAACCGAUAAUUCACCCAAAUCAUUCCAAAGCAGUUUCCAGGCAAAUGAAUCGGUUGUGAGCCGUGACACUUUUGGUAUUCCAUCUUCACCCAUGUCUGAGAAAUCAGAGUCAAACUACGGUUUCGCAAACCCGGGUAUUCCUUCCAAUAUCUCUGCGCAACAUGGCAAUAAAUCCUUGUUAUCGCCUUUCAGAAAUUUGCUCAGCAGACCAGACGGUCAAAGCUUUGCCUCCUUCACAUCCAUCGCGGAGGAAGAAGAUAAUUCACAAACAGGGGUUCCUGAUCAAAUUAAAAAUAACGUUGAACGUAAACGUCAAAUUUCCAUCUUUAGACGCGAUUAAUCCCAUCCAUUCUUGACAUGUAUACAUUCUUUAUUUUUCACUAUAAUGCUGUAUUGAUUACACAUGGUACAUCGUUCAGGAAGAAGUGCUUAGAGACAUAAAGUGACCCCAACUUUUCCACAUUCGAU